AUUUGCCACGUGAUGGACCGCACAUAAAAGGCCAACAAUUUCAAUAUCAAAUUGGUGAAAUAUUAAAUUUAAAUUGCUCAUCGGGAAAAUCACAUCCAGCAUCACAUUUACAAUGGUUCAUCAAUGACCAGCCGGUCCUCGAUGAACAGUAUUUGAUUCGUUACAAUGACACGGUACACCGUCAUGGCCUCAUAACGUCAACAUUGGGACUAGAGAUGACAGUUGAUGCUCGUCACUUUCAGAAUGGUGCCAUGCGCGUCAAAUGUCUUGCCAGCAUAUCUCCCGUUCUGUGGAAAGGUGACAAAGAAAGUGUUUUACAGCGACGACCUGGAAUAAUAGAUAAUCGGGAGGCCAUGUUAUUGGUUCGCAGUUCGUCGACAGGUCUGCAUCAGCGGUGUGGCCAAUACAACAGCAGCGCUUUAAUGCUUUUGCGUCUUCUAACCACAACGGCCAUACUAAUGAAACUAUGUCAAUUACUGCACUUGCAUCGAGGAUUCACUUAAAUAUCCUGUAGCACUUGAAC